UCCCCUCCUCUGCUAUAGUGGAGGGAAAUGUAUGCUGGGACCCCAAAAGCAACACUGACUUUAAUUAUCAGGCUGGAGGGAAACUGAGAAUUGAGCGACAGCAGUGCAAACUAUCUGUACAGCUGAAUGGGACGUCAGGGAGAAUUAAUCUUUAUUCUUCGUUGAGUCAUCCCUUCAAAUCAAAGAUUCCUAAAACUUUAGAGGUAAAGGCAGCUGCAGAUAUUUCCACAGUGGCUGGCAGAGGAAGCAGCUCCGUUAACGUAAGAGCUGAUGGGAAGGAGAGGGUGAAGCUGGAUGCCAGGAUGUCCCACUCCCUCCAUCGUGGAGACAGAGCUGUGGGACUAAGGCUCAACAUAUCCCAGAGUCUGCUGCCUACUACCACAGACCUGCAAGUAAACAUGGCCGCCAACAUGUCCUCAGACAGUGUGUCUCUACAUGGCUCCUUUACACAGGGGCAUGACGCGCUGUUGGCUCAGAUCAAAGGGUCUCUAAAAAAUACCCGGGGUCUUCAGCUGGCUGUGUCUGGGGACCUGAGGCACACCAUGGCCAACCUUGUUAUUUUUCCCCCUGUCCUGGGGUUGGAUGGGGCGCUGGGACAGUCUGACACCCUUAUUGAAGGACAGCUGAGAGUCCGAGUGAUGGAUACUUUGUACAGCGUGGAGGUAAAACAUCAGGAGGAUACCGAAGAUUCUUUGAACAGCGAAGAGAAAGAGGGAACGACAGGAUAUAAAGUUCACAUGUCUAAUGGUUCGCUGUGUGCUUGGUUUGGGGCGGAGCAUUUGUGUUUGAAUUUAAGCCGCCAACUGGGAGAUCAAGGGAGAGGUGCGGUAUACGCAAAGCUGUUUCACUCCUUCAACCUGCUCAAUGCCUCAGGUGUACCUGCCAUCAGUAGUGCCCAGGGAAGGUGGGUCAAAGCUAGUGGUCAACUGUCACUACUGGCAGAGCUGCAGGCUGGACCUGAACAUCUAAAAGCUGAAUUUAAUGGAAGAAAGACAGAACAGGCUGUCCCAAGAUGGGAGUACUACUCCAAAGUGCAGCAUCAAUUUAAAGCUCUAAUGAAAAGAGGCUUAUCAAGCUCCAUGGAAGCCAAGGCACAUUAUCAGUUGGAAACAGAUGGACUGGAAACAGGCUUGAUCCUUCACAUGGAAGAUGAGAGAAUUGCUGAGGUCCUUUUUAAUGUUGGAUCAAAAAACAGGACUGCUAUCUUGGCAAUGUCUCUGUGGCAACAGAUGAAUCUGCUCCAAGGAUUCAUGCCCAACUCUUUACAGAUGAACUGCACAGGGGACGCCACUGCAGACCGACUCUCAGCCCAGUGCUAUGGAAAUGUGGCAGGUCGCCCUGUGGGGAAUCUUCUGCCAUCGCAGUCCUCAGUUAACAUCUCCAUCACCCGUUCUGGAUGUUCAACAAAUCUCAGCACUGUUCUCCAUGCUGAGGGCGAACAGAAAGGCAACCUCAGCCUGCAUUUAACUUGUCACCCAAACCUCAGUCUGAAAGCAACAGUACAGCACUCUAUAGAGGCGAUACACAUGCUGGGAUUACCCUCGCGUGGAGGAUUAAUCCUGAAUGUUUCGGCUACACAUGUGCCUGGUGUGGAGGUUGGUCUGGAGCUGGGACAAUGUUAUUUAAGGGGGAAAUUGGGGAAAACCCAGAAAUCCCUAAGAGAGGAGGAGGAGUCUUCCUACACUGCAAAUGUGACCAACUACUGUCCUGCUCUACAGGAUUCAGUCCUCCCAGUGUCUUCGUCUCUUCAGGGCCACCUGUCAGUCGCCCCCUGCCAGCUCUCCUUGACCUCCUCCCUGAGGGCGGACAACCAGGACCUGUCCCUGCAGCUGAGUCAGUCCUGCAGGUCUCCACACCUCUCUGGGACCCUUACACACUCCUUCCUUGCACUGACGAGCUACAGUGUUCCUCCAAUAAUCACUAUAGAGGCCUCCGCUCCUGGGAGCCCUGAGCAGGCAGGGUCCCUGUUCAUUAAAGCGGGGACAUGUUUCAUCAGAGCCGAUAGAAUCAUAGAGGCUGAAGGAAGGACACAGUGGCUCUGGGCGCUCGAGUCAACAUGCCCAAUGUUGCAGGCUAAUCUGAAUGGCUCAGUGUGGCAGGACCCUCAAGGGAUCUGGACUGUCUUCGUGGACACCCAUAUGGAGGGCAAAAGGGGUUUCCUGAGGCUGAAUGCAAACGCCUGGCCAGACCUGAGUGUGGAGGGCGAACUCAGUCACAACCAUCCUUCUCUUAGGAAUGUACCUCAGCUCGGCCGAGUGAGAGUCAGCUGCAGGAAUAAAGAAAACCGUUACGACGGUGAAGCCUUCAUUCAGAUGGACGAGUGUUCUUUAGGAGUCAGAGGAGGUGGGAUGUCACAAGCUGGCCUGCAGGGGUCGCUGGUGUAUCACAACAACUGCUCAGUGAUUCAGGAGUUGGGUAGUCCUGACAGGGUGCGAUCCUCCGGGUUGUUGGUCGUUUCCCCAACUGGUGCUGAAUCUCAGGUCUCCAUGGUGAUAGAUGACAAAGAGUUACAGGCAUCUGCUUCUCUCAAGAAAACUGAGGAUAAAAAUGAAGCUUUGCUGAAUCUGAACCACUCUGUGCCCCUGCUGAAGAGGCUGGGACUCCCUGUUAGUGCGACAGUGACAAUGAACUCUGGGAGUCAUGACAAUGGCUCCUAUUAUUAUUUGUUACACAGCAGUGCAGGGAAUCAAAAGGUAACCCAAGAGAUGACAGUGUUUAAAACGUCUGAGACAAUCAGUGUGAAGAGUCAUUUUAUGCACACAGUGAACUAUCUGAAGAAAAUGGGAGUCCCUGCAAACAACAGCAUCCAGGUAGAGUCUGGUUCUGCUGAAGGGAAGGCCUUCACCUUACACUCUCAGCUUGGAGGUCGGCAGGCAGGAAUGAGACUGAUGAUGAAAAGUCUCCCAUUGACCAAAGAGAUGAGAGGCAACAUGUGGCACAGCUGGUCGUGGCUACAGGACAGAGGACUUCCACUUAAUAUAGAGGGCCUUUGUUUUAUCCAGGGAGUCCCAUCUCAGCUUCGCUCUCGGGCUCAGCUCUCUGUGGACGGCCACAAGCUGCUCGUCUCUGGUUUGAAUGUCAGUGUGGCUGAUGGACGUCUGGCUGUGCUGCUCUCCUACUCUCCUCCAUCCUCUAAUCACACAGAAACACAACACAGGCUGGAAACUACUCUGACUGCACAGUUCAAAGGUCCUCUGCGGAGCGCCUCACUUGACAUUCACAGGAACAACUGGAGAGUCCUAGCUGUAGGAGAUGUAGGAGGCUGGGGGGCUCAUGUAGGGUCCAAGGAGGCCAGAGUCACACUGAGACACACCAUGCAGGGAGAGACUAGACCCACCUUACAGGUGGAGGCCUGGGGCAGACUGACUGAGUCCCAGCUGAGGUGCUCCAUCGCUGUCAACCCUGAACGCAGCUCCUCCCUUGCACUCAUCAUCCAGGGACACCAUGUUUCUCAUAGCAAGGAGCUGAUGAUGAAGAUGGUCCAGACUCUUCCCAUGAUGUUGGUUUACCUGCCGUCUCAGCUCAAUGUCCGCUCUCAGCUGAACCAGUCAGAGUCCAAUGUGGCUGCUUUGGUGGAGGUUUUAUCAGGCAGGAGGAGGCUGUGGGCUCUAGGGGAACUGGCAGCCAUAGAGAGCGGAUACAGACAGAAUAUAGAGCUCAAACACACGUACCCACAGUUGAAGCCGCUCCCCAGGUUGGUUGCUGUCAGGACGGUGUAUGAGGCCAGAGCGUGGCGCUACCAGGUCCAACAUGGAGCUGUGUGGGGAAACCAGGAGUUCAGCCUAUCCGGUCUCUACUCUGCCCCUCCUGCUCUGGAGCUGGGGAAUGAGACACUGAAGGUUCAGAUCAGCUGUGCUCCCCGUUUGACCAGUUUGGAGGUGACACUGGAGCGGUCCUUACAGGGCAGACUGGACAGUGUUUUACUGGGCUGGACCAGGCAUGGAAAACUGGAGCAGGUCAGAGCUGUGAGCUUGUGGAGUCGCUCAGAGGAGAUGAAUGAGACCAAACUGGAGCUGAAUCAGCCGUUCUCCUCCACACUGAGCCGGAUGAGCCUUCACAGUCUGACACAUCAUUCACAGAGAGAACAACGCAGCAGCCACGCAACCCACCUGUCCUGGGACAGCACGGCCCCCAUCAACAUGUCCCUCAACCUGAACAAACAGUGGCAGAACAACUCCAGCAGGGGGCAGGCAUGUGCUCAGUUCUCAACACAACAGAUGGUGAUGUCCUUGGUUAAAGGCUGUGUGUCGGUGGCUCAGGAAGGGAAAUCACAUUUACAAAAUGCAGAGUUAAGAUGGGACAACAGGAGCAUCAAGCAGGGAAUGAAGUACCAGGGGGGCCCUCAGGGUACGCACAGCCUUCAGAUUAACCUGGGUCUGGAAAAUGUGUCUCCUGCACCCUGUUCUUCACAUACACUCCUGGUCAGGAUCCAGACCAACCUGAAAGAUCGUUUGGAGCACACAGUGCUGCUGGGCCUCUGUCCCCCUCAGCCAACUCUGUCAUGGUCAGGAUCGCACAGCGUGAACUCAGGAGAGGAGCUUUUUUACACUCAGUCUCAUCUGUCGGUGACAGGACGGCCCCGCCAGUGCAGCGUCACCUUCGCCCUGACAAACUCGUCCACACCUCAGGGCUCCAACAUGUCUCUUAUCUCUGAGUCCAGAAUUGGUAAUUGGAGUGUGGAGGUUGGGGGCAGUGCCCUUACCUGGCCUGGGGGGUCUGGACUUCAGUUGCAGGCCAGACUUGACCGCAGGGAGAAGAUCUGGCUGAACGGGAGUGUAGAGGGGCGAUGUCUGAGGACCACAGCAGGAUACAUGAACGGUCCAGGACUGAGCGAAGAUGUCACUGUCACAGCAUGUGUUGGAAAGAAUCACAGUUUGAUGCUGGAUGUGAAGGAAAAAGAUGGCAGCAGUAAACCUCAAACUCUUGGCCGUGUGUCUGUAGGAUCAGCCAAUCAGAAGCUGAUGCUAAGAGCAAAUGGCUGUUUGGAAAGUCUUACCGCUGUAGAGGCAAGGAUUCAAUAUCUGAGCUCUCAGAUACGGAAGAAGCUUUUAGAAAGAAUCAAGAUGAUGCAACAUCUCCUUCUUGAGUUCAGACAGCAGUCCAGAGACAGUGAGCUGCUCCAGGACCUGACCCUGGUUCCCCUUCUUCUAUCCCAGCAAGCAAAGGCUCUGCUGGAUCACAGACAAGACAUUUUUUUGUGGCAGAGAAGCCUCCUGUGGCGCAUUGUCACCGACAGCCUGCCUCGAUUUCUCAGCCUCGAUUUCUCAGCCUCAGCUCACAGCUGUGAAUAG